AGAGUCCCUCCGGCCUCAUUUCGGACAAUCUUUGAAUAUGGACGAAUCUACCGCACAUGUUCGCGGCGCCCCAAGGAGGGCUUGCGAUAAUUGUCGUCGACGAAAAAUCCGCUGUAACCGCAAUCAACCAUGUGCCAAAUGUGAGGAAAUCCAGUUGGUCUGUCAGUACAAUGACACCGCGCGCCGAAAAGGACCCAAGGGCCGCACAGCGCCGGUCUUGACCGAGCUCCUUGCAACAGGGACAUCUGAUGGCUCAGGAAUGCACAAUUACGAUUCUCAGCAUGCUAACGAUGUGGUUCUCGACAGUCUACAGUCCUCCCUGGCGCCAUUAGAUGACAGUCCUUACUCAGCCGACUAUGACACUUCGCUGUUAGUAUAUGAUAUAUCCACAGCUAGUAUAGCUCCAGUACCACGGCGGAUCUCCUCUCCGCAACUUCGAGCGUAUGUUCAGGCAUUCUUACAACAGUUAUAUCCUAUUAUGCCAGUCGUCGAUGGAAAUGCGCUUUUGCUAGAUUGUGCUGGCCCCGAGGCAUUGCACCCCCGCCGCUAUGCCCUUCUAGUUGCCCUCUCAGCAGCUGCGCAUUUUCAAUUGAACUUCCAUAUGCCCGAGAAAGAUGUUGACCCCGAUACACUCCGAUCGGGAUACCACCUGAUCAGAGAAGCAGAGCAGGCGCUGCAUCAAUUUGAUCCCUUCGAUGACUUACAUGCCGAUACUAUACUCAUCAGGUUUUUUUUGUUUGCUGCGUAUGGAAACCUUCGCGAACCGGACCGGGCCUGGUAUUAUCUCAACCAAAGUCUUUCUUUCGCUCAUAUUUUGAAGCUGAAUAUGGAGUCCACUUAUGAGGACCUCGACCAGAAUGAGGCUGAGAUAUUACGAAGGAUCUACUGGCUUCUUUUCGUCACAGAACGUGCAUACGCCCUCCAAACGGGCCGGCCGAUUAUGCUCCGUGCUACCAUCAAGAAGCCUGUCGUAUUCCAAUCUGAGUCUCCAACAACAAUGUACGGUUUUACCAGUCUAAUCUCACUCUUCGAAAAGAUCACCCCUGAUUUCUAUGAAUGGAACAUUUGCGACAUAGGUGGAAUGUGCGAUCUUUCAUCCUUGUCAGAUAUUUAUAAAUCUGUCGCCUUUGCGACACCGCUUCUAGCCGAGGUUCCGGAAACUAAUCGAGUCGAUAUCAUCCUCACGCAGCAAUGGCUUCAAACCCGCUUGUGGCGAUUUUACAUGGACCGACAGUAUCUUCAUGGGGGACAAAGUAAUACGGGCCUCCCUAAACAGACCCCAACGAUCGCGGGAAGAAUUGUCAUGGCCUGUUUGUCGUCAGUGGCUCAAAAGUCGGCCGAUUCACAUGGAAUUGGAAUAGAACAGAAACUUUAUGAUAUCGGGGAAUCCAUCUUUCAGUUUACGCAGCAACUGUGCCUCAAGACAGCUGAAUCAUUGGAGUCGUCCAAAUUCGACGCGAGAGAUGUCUUGUCCGGUAUCCUAACUUCAUUAUCCCGGAUUCGAGGAUCUCAAUCGUACCUAUUUCCAGCACUUCUUCAGCAGUGCCAAGGACUUUUGAGCUUAGGGAAUGUGCCUCCGCCCCUGAGCGAGACAUCUGUCGCAGAAACUGAUGAGCAGGAGUUUAUUGAGCGGGAUUCUACUUCUAGCGCAGUGUGGUGAACGUCAAUGUCCAACACUACUUCAAGUAAGAAAGGACGGGAAAUUUGUAAUUCUAGGACUCGGCGUGUAUAUAUGAGAUCAUGGGCUUUGGUGCAUUGUAUUGAGAAAAAAUGGUUUCACUUUUGUUA